AUGCAAUUUGUUAAUGCAAAACAAGCCUAUGCUUUUAUAAAUGCAGACAACUUUUUGGAUAGGUUUGUAUGCACUGAAUGGUAUGCGUCGAAUCUAUAUAAACCUUUUGUGGCCAAGACUAUUGACAAUAUUACCAAGUUCUAUCCAUUGCAAAGUGCACAGAUACCUUUUAACCCAGAUUGGAACGACAUUUCUUUCGCCUCUAUUACGGGCGCAAAAAAUGACAUCAAAAUGGACAACAUUGCCUUCAUCCUUACACCUAAUACAAUUGCAAAGUGUAUAUCAUCUAGUUAUCGUAUUGCUUUUGUUCUUGAUUUUAGUCAAUCUAUGUUUACUCCAAUGGCGAGUGGAUCUUGCUACCUUAAUACUGCAGUUAAAUGUGUCGAAUCUAUUUUCUUCAAAUUAUCGGCAUUUGUUGACCACCUCGAAUUUUCUGAAAGUCGUUUUGUUAUACCUACUCCAUUGAUACGCCUUACAACUGUUGCAGUUACCCCAGACGCAAGAUGUUGCAUUUUGCUUCAUGCUUGGAAAUUAAACCAUUCAGAAGUCAGGUCUAAAAUAAAUCAGAUAUCAAGGAAACUCUUUAAGCUAGAACAACUUUGGGCCCAUUCGCCUGCUUGCAGCAAGACAUGUACUCAAAAAAGAGCAUCGUCUCAGUUGAUAGAUCUUCUGAGAAGUGGCGCCGUUUCCGUUUCACUUAUGCAGGCUGAUUCUGCUUUAAGUUCAAUUAUAAUUCUUACUGAUGGUUGCUUUGCAAUGUCCGACAUGAAUGAUCUUGAUCGAAGUAUGUCUCAUCUCAGAGCUGCUGAGAUCCAAUGCUCCUUUAUCCUCUUAUCUUCUUUUGACCUUGAUAUGUCUUCAUACAACCCUUUCCAACAGGAAGGACUAGGGUUAUCCUUAGCCUUAUCCAGUGGAGCCCACCUCCCCCACACUGAUUUAUGUCGUUUUGUCUCACAUGCGACGAUUGGCUUUUGCAUAAGUACUUAUUCUGAUAAAUGGAAGCAAAUAUUAAAUGAGAAAAUAGUCCUAAAUGCUUGGAAUAGCGUACAUGAUCUUGUUCUCUCGUCUGAGUUAAUGGAUGCAAGAAUGCAUUCCCUAUCCUCAGAAGGGGAUUUACAUUGGAUGUCGAUUGACGAAAUAGAACCGUACACCAAGCUUAUAAUUUCCCCCUUUCGAACUGUAUUUGCAGCAAGAAUCAGGGAUGGUUAUCGCCUUAGAUCUGUUUCUAAUAUUGUUUUAAGUCCAGCUAAAUCUAAAAAGCCAUCUGAUACCCAAUCUCCUGCUCUCACCGAACUGAUUGGAUCACCUAGGGAAGAUGAUCGCGCAAAUCACGAUACUUCACAAAGAUUAUUUCAGAUUGAACUGGUAUUGGCCUGGAAGCCGGGCAUAAUCUUUCGAUAUUUCAUUACAGGCAGUUGGCCUUUGCAUCGUUUUGCUCUUCCCAAUGCCAAGUCUAAUCUAAGUACUCUGCAAUCUGGAGAAGAGAAGUUGCACUAUUCGUGUAAUACAGAAGAUGAAUCUGACUUGCUCAAUUUAGCACCAAAUGAGCUCUCCUUGCUUCUCAAAGGGACACAUUGUAGAGUGCAAAUGAAGCUUAACGCUAACUACUCUUUCUUGCAUGAUGUCACUUGUUUGCGCAAACUGCCCGUUAGAAGUCAUUUCAGAGUCUCCAUUAUAAAUCGAUUUGUAUUUCAUUUCCGCUUAUUGAAUCUCGUUGAUCGUUGUCUUGAAGAUGUUUCAUCUGUCUCUAAUUUAUCAGAUUAUUUAUGUGUUCCAGAACAAUACCGAGAUGGUAUUUUGCCAGUUUUCCUUAUCACUCAGUUGUCGGGGGGGCAGCAAGUUAUUCAACCCACAAGUGUGUUUCAACAUAACUCUAUUGCCCCCAAAUCUAUUCGAACUAAAUCCGGUGAAAGUGAAUCUGUAGAUCAUAAUUCCAUCACUGUUGACCGCUUUAUAGAUGCAUGGCGUUUUCUAUUUGAUCUUGAUACAGCUCAAUGCUACAGAUGGUUGCAUAUAAAGACGAUAUUUGCCAUUUUAGAACAUGACUCUCCUUUGCCAGCAAAUCUUCAUAUUCCUUUAGACGGGAAGCAAUAUACAGCAACUCUUCUUUGUCGGCAGGCGCUUUCCCAAGUUCAUUCAUUUUUGUCUACUUGGUGUAGUUUUGUUCUUCUGGAGAACCACACUUAUGUAUGUUUGAAUAUAGACGAGAGAGUGAAAACUUUUGUUGCUAAUUCUAAAGCACAAUUCAUUUCUUCCACUGGAGUCGAUACUAACGUUCACUUAGACACUAGCAAGAAUCCUCUUCCUUUUAAUCAUUAUUUUUCCUUUAUUCGCUUGGAGAUGCGCCUGGCAGAGCUGAAGUUUUCAGAGUUAUUUAUUCGUAUUGCUUUUGUUGCUGGCACUCCAGCCUAUCUUCGAAGAAUGUUUGUCCAGAUUUUGACUAAUGAAUUACGCACCCUUAGAUUUCCGCAGCGUGGACGCCAAGCUAUACCCAAGUCUCGUCAUAAAUCGGGAGCCGCUCCUAAGCGUGCGUUGGAAACAUUGAGUCAACUUCCUCCUCUUCAACGAUCUUGGGAGGAGACUCCUUGUUGCACACUUUUUAAGUGCCGACUAGAUCGUCUGAUAUUAGAACGGGGUUCAUUCACUAAAGUAGUACCUUUAAAGCGUCCAAAGCUUUCCCCUCUUAUUACUUCUGCUGGCCAUCUAGAAAAUAAUUGUUUAAACAAGUUUUUGUCUAAUUCUGAUGAACAUGGACCUUCCACUACUCUAACUUCACAAGGUCAGGUGACUGCUUAUGAAUCUUACGAGGAGAAUGUUUCUAAACUCCUGUACCAACACUUAUAUCGAAAUGUGUGUGUCUGGUGUGUCAAGUCGUCUCAGACUCUUCAGAUGAUGUUCUCCAGUUUGGUUAGCUUGCGCCUCCAGGAGGGCUUUCAUUUUGCUAGGGCUGGCCCACAACCUGGAUUCACUAAUCUUGUGACUGAAGUCUACAUUGCUCCGACUUCGAAUUCAUCAGAUCUGGCUCCUCAAUCAUGUUUAGUUCAGUAUCUCCUGUACCCAAUUUGGCCCACUUCUAGAGUUUCACGUCCCCAUGAGUCUCAAUUUAUAGCGAGCCAGAAUUCGACCACAAUAAGCAUUCAUUCGUCUGAAAUACCUGAUUCUACAUCCUUUGUGGUGCAGGUCGCCAUUGAGCUAUGGAUUGAGCCAAAAGAUGGACAUAUGACUGGUCUAUCUCCCCAGAACGCUUACUGGAAUGGAGCCGAAUAUACCGAACUUGCCGGUCGGAUCUUUGAGCUCGAUCGGACCACUCUUUCUGUUUACUCUUCAUUUGAUUUAUUUUGUCCAAGCAACCAAUUGCAGCAGAAACAGCAUCAAGUUUCACGGAGAUCCUCUGACCCAACAAUUCGCUCAGUUGGCUUUUGCCAAUUGCAUACAGCGUCUGCUUUCCAUCAAUCAGGACUGGAUGCCUCUAUUCUUGGUGGAGAGAUCGGUGCUUCAUUCAUUCCAACGAGUUUCUCUUGCUUGGCUCGUUUAUCGCCUCGAUUUACACUUCUUUUAUCCUUUUCCCUCAUUUGUGAUUCAGCUAAUUCCUUAUCACCGGGCCCAAUGUGCGAGACAGUUGGUUCAGGUCUCAUAGAUCAGAUAUGCGAACAACUUCUUAACUGUUACCAAGCUAUGGAGCUGACUAUUGGGGAUGGUGAUCAACUAGAAUUUUCCCGACAUCUUGCUAUUAAUAAUUCAACAUUUCCAUCACUUAUACCUCCACUUCACUCCGAAAUGUCUGCCAUGCCUACAGAAUCUCAAAUACCCGGGUCCAAAUAUGCUUCCCAUCUUAAUUCAGUGCUGACCAAUUGUAGUUCACUGAAGUGGCGAUUUUUCGUUUUACCAAAGGAUGCUCUUCAUCGCUUCGCUGGUCUCAAUUCUUCAGGUGACGGCAACCUCCUGGAUUCGGAUACCACUCUUUACACCAUUAUCGCCAUACCUACGAAUUUUUCGAAUUCUAAUAAAGUGAGUUUGCAUAUCUAA